GGCAGAGGCGGAGAGGAGAUGGUGGGAGGAGGCGGACGAGAGGUGGCGGAGGUGGAGAGGAGAUGGCAGGAGGAGGCGAAGGGAGGUGGCGAUUCUCUUACGACGAACCCUCUAUUUCAACGGGCUCGACAAUCCAGGCCGCCUGAGGCGGAGGGGUGAUGUCAGGAGGAGAUGACGGGAGGAGGAAGGACGAGAGGUGGCGAAGGGGGAGGAGAAGUAGCGAAGGCGGGGAGGAAAGUGAGGUGGAGGAGAAGUGGGCGGAGGUGGAGAGGAGAUGGCAGGAGGAGGUGGAGGGGAGGUGGCAAAGGCAGAGAAAAAAUGGCGGGAGGAGGCGGAUAGGAGGUGGAGGAGGCAGAGAGGUGAUGGCGAGAAGAGAUGGCGAAAUGAGGCGAACGGGAGGUGGUAGAGGCAGAGAGGAGAUAGCGGGAGGAGGCGGACGAAAGGUGGUGCAGGCAGAAAGGAGAUGGCGGGAGAAGGCGGACGAGAGGUGGCGGAGGGCCGGAGGCGGAGAGAUGAUGGUGGGAGGAGAUGGCGAGAGGAGGCAGACGGGAGGUGGCGGAGGCGGAGAGGAGAUGGUGGGAGGAGGCAGCCGUGCAACAGGCCAAUGGCAGGCACGACGGACCCUUUGUUGCAAUGGGCGAGACGAUACCGAGCUGAUGGCUCGGAUCGUCCCACGAUCUUAAGACUUUAAGAUCGUGCAAUGAUGCAGGCCGUCCGGCAGGGCAGACACGGCAGACAGGGCGGACGACCUGGAUCGUCCCGCGAUCUUAAAGUCUUAAAGUCUCAAGA